UUUUCUACAGAAAACAAUUCCAUAGGCUGAGGUUUGACAACACAUCAGAUUAAUGUAACGGUAGUUAAGAAGGUUGUUGUUACUGUAAAGAGUGUUAUAGAAACACAUACAAAUAGGUUAAUAAUCGCCGGAGAAAUUGACUUCAAAGAACGCUUCUCUCGUCGGCAGUCUGCCAAAACGACCCCUCAGAAACCCAAUGUACCGACCUGACGCCAAACCAGGCAUCUGACAGCUGCUAACCUGAUGACGCUUCCCUACUGAAGUAAAGCGCCGACAUGACGAGCGUGGGCCGCCUGCCGAGGGGCCCGUGGCGCGGGGGUGGGCGGACGGCGGCGUGGCUGUGCGGCGCACUGGUGGUCGGCGCGCUCACCUACAUGUGGCAUGGCGCGCACGUGCACCUCGGAGAGCUGCGCGAGGCCGCCAGCAAGUGCAUGCAGCACCAGGAGGUGCUCGCCGCACAGAUGGAAGUGGUGGUGGAGUACAAGCUGAGGCUGGAGAAGUCCUUGCAGCAGGAGAAGAACGACCACCGGCACACGCGUGAGUCGCUGCAGGCGCGCGCCGAGGAGGAGCGGUCGCUGCGCGAGCGGCAGUCGCUCGAGGCGAGCAACCGCUACAGCUCGCUGCAGCAGCAGUACAAGAUCCUGCAGGGCCAGCACGGAGACCUGGAGGAGGAGACGCAGAAGCUGCGUACAGAACGGCUGGAGUGGCUGGAACGCAAGAGCGGCCUGGAGGCGUCGGUGAGCGCGCUGCAGCAGCAGCUGACGCAGCUGCGGGCAUCCAAGGCGGCCGAGCUCCAGGAUCUGAAGACGCAGUUCUCGCGCCUGGAGCAGGAGCACGAGAGCCUGACCAAGCGGCACGGCGAGGCGCUGGCGGAGGUGCGCUCGGGCGCCGCGCGGCUCAAGGAGAAGCAGCGUGACGUCGACCGCCUCUCCCAGGACAGGGAGCUGCUGCAGCAGUCGAAGCCGUCGACGCCGCAGAUCAACCCUAUGGCAGUGCUGAGCCGAGAGAGGGUGGCGCAGCCGGCGGCCGCGGCUCCUCCCCCGCUGCAGCACGAAGGUGAGGGGGAGGCGGAGGCGGACAACGAAGAGCGGGAGCACGCGCCGGCUGCCGACACCCGGCCGCGACACGAAGAGGGGCCGGCGCUGGCAGCGCCGCCGGACGAGGGGACAAACGUGGGGGCGGCGCCCCCGCUGGGGCCGGCGGACCACGCCGUGGGGCCGGCACCGCCCCAGCAGAAGGAUGGGGAGCGGCAGAAGGACGGGGGCGGGGCCCGCGAGCGGGAGGAGGCGGCGGAAGCGGAGGCGGAGGCGGGCCGCCACUACGACGUGCCGCAGGGCGUCGUGCCCGCCCCGCACGGCUACGUCCUGCAGAGGGAGGAGCCGGCAGCGGGUGAGGACGAGAACGACGAGGGUGGCGGGGUGGGCAUACACCCCCUGGCGAGGGCCGGCUACCCCUGGCGGCCGCCCUUCAUGGUGGGCCCGGGCCCGCAGCCCAGGAGACCGCAGGCGCAGGUGCAGGCGCAGCCGGCCCCACGCGGCCUGCGGCCCCGAGACGGGAGGCGCGAGGAAGCGGAGGAGGAGCCGCUGCAGCAGCAGCAGGAGGAGGAGGACGAGGACGCCGGGGGCGGCGGGGGCGGUGACUACCUGCAGGAGCCGGCGCGGGGGGAAGAUGACGACAUGGACCACAUCGACUACAACGAGGGUGCCCAGCAGCGACAGGGCGCGAGGGGCGGCGCGGGGCGAGCGGGGGCGCAGCCCGCGGGGGCGGCCGUCGCCGGCGUGCGCGAGCCGCCGCUGCCUGUGGGACCCCGCGACUCCGUCAUGGUCAACCCGAAGAAGUAG